CAGCUUCAUUAUUUGUAUCUAUCAAAUGUAGAACGUUUAGUAAAUUUGAUGGAUAGUAAAUGCGAUAUUUAUCGUAUUUCAGCUCGUAACGUUUACAUGAUAUGGACGGGUAAUGACAGUAUAGGAAACUGCAAAAAUGUAUUGUGCAUUAGGAAGAUGUUUUUGUAGGAAAAAUGCAGUAAGAGCUUUAAGUACGGGUGAAAUAUCCACUGCACUGCGACCUUUUUAUUUUACCGUUCACCCCGAUCUUUUUGGACAAUAUCCCACGCAAAGAACAGUAAAUGAAAAUUCUUUAAAACAACUAAGUUCUAUUAUAGAAAGUUUACAACAACAAAGACCAAUAAGACCUACCACUUUACCAUUUUAUUUACGCUCAAAAAAUGAAAAGGAACUCAAGUCUGGAAAAUUUACUUUGGUACAGAUACAGUUGAAAGAAAAGGAUUUAAGACAAACUAUACUUUCUAUCUUGAAGACAUGUGAUUUGCCAACAACGUUUGUAGAUCAAAUUGAAGAACAAAAGCCACCAGAUAGUACAAAGUACAAGUCAAGAUAUUGGCAAAGAAAAGGAGCUGGGGAAGAUAUAGAUUUCUCAGAACUAGAAGAUGAUCCUAUUUAUGCAUCUAUUUUAAUGAAAAGAAAAAUUAAUUCAGAACCUGAUACUCUUAAGGCAUAUUUAGAUAAACACAUUAAUGAAGUACAUGUGAAGUUAGAAGCAUGUAGACCAAUGAGAGAAGAAGUACAAAAGUUAGAAAAGAUAUUAUGUUCUGAAUUAGGUUUGAAAAAUAUUAUAUGGGACUGUGGAUGGAAUAUAGCUCAUUACAGGGGAUGUUUAUUAGCUUUUAAGGCAUUAGCUGAACAUCAUCCUGAACCAAUGGAAGUACUCAAAAAUAGGACACUUGUCUUUGCUAAUGAUACUGGCAUAAGUGUAGAGGGAAAUGUUAUGUUAAAUUCAGGUGAAGUUAGACACAAUUGGCUUGAUUUAAUCAAGAACAUUCAGAAGUAUGAUGUGGUAUUAUUUAGAUUACCAGCUUUCGAAAAGGCAGUUUCACAAGUGCUUCUUGACAUUAAAGUUGGUCGACGGAAAUUCAUGCCAAAAGUAAUGGUUAGCCAGUAUGAACGUCAACUUCGACAACUUACAACAACCCUCUCGGAUUAUCGAGGACGACGAAAUUAUCCGAAAAUGUGGCCAGCCGAUUUAUCUACUUAUGAAAUCGUAAUUGAAGCUGAAGCAGGUCCUUUAAUGCUCUCUCCUACUGGACAGUUUAUAGUUCCAUCUUCAUGUCCAAGUUUCCUUUUAGUAAACUUUAUUACUGAUAAUUUAGAAGAAGCCACUAAAAGAUUACAUCAUUACAAUAACAUAAAAUAUGUAGAACGUGAACUACAUGACAAAACAGUCCAGGAAUUGGGGUUGACUGUUUUAAAUAAGGAUGACAGUAUAACUCCUGAUUUGAUGAUACAAUGCUGUGAACGCCUAUUAUUGCAUAAAAGCAUUCUAGCUCCUUUAUUGAAAGGUGUUAUGCUUUGGGUGACACAUUAUUACUCUGUUAUGAGUGAUGGUGUAUUAUGUAUUCCAUGGGACUGGAAACUUUGAGUUUCAGUGUAAAAUAUUUUCUAAUGUCUUCUUGCUGUUUUUAACUUCGUACCAAUUAAUAGAACAAUGACAAAAAACUGAUUAAUUGUUAAUAAUUAUUAUGUAGGUUAUACGUGUGAUAAAAGAUUUACAUAGAUUACAUAGAUUAGUUAGAUUUACAUAGGUUAAAAAACUAACUUAGGGAAUUGCACAAAGCAAAUAACUUUUGCAUUAUGCUUUGUAAAAUACAAUUAGCAAUGCAAAUAAUUCAUUGUACCUUAUAAGCUAUAUUUGCAUGUUAAAUGUAAUUAUUAUGUAACUAAUCUUAAUACAUUGUACAUGAAUUUUUGAAUUUGAGUAAAUAUAAAAAAGAGGAUAUUUUGUAAAAUCAUGCAAUGCGAAUAAUGCAUGUAGAAAAAUAAAGAUUAGAAAAUUUUUACAUUAA